UAGCAAAUGUGACAUUUGCCGCAGAGAGUUAUAGAGACAUUAAAAAAGAAUAAACCAGAUUAGAUUUGGACACCAGCUUCUUGACCUGUUUUCUCAAAAUAAAUAAAUUCGGCCUCAGUUUCUUUCCUGAAAAUAUCCAGCUGUAGGUUUAUCGUGGAUUGCGAGAAGAAGUGGGGGUUUCCAUUAUGGCAGAAGAGACAAGAACAGAGGAGCUGUCUGUCCACGACUCGUCAGCCAUAGCUGAAGAGAAAGAAACCAGAGACACUACAGACCAACAGGUACCAGGUACUCCGAGACCUGGUUCUCUUUCAGAAAGUGUUGUACCAGACUUCCUUACCAGUGGAGAGAGUGACUCCAGUGGGCAGAGUAAUUUGGGCUUUCUUCUGAAAUACAGUGACUUUAUCAUGGUGGAAGAUCGACUUGAAUUUGUUGAACGUGUGUUUCGGUGUCUAAUGAAUCAAGCAGUAGAACUGCAGGCUCAUCUGAUAUGCAGCCAUCCCUGUUUUCCAAAGGAGGCCUUUGUUCAUGUGGUGCCUGCCUUCUUGCACCGCUGCCACCCCUAUUUCACCUACCUGGAGUUUAGGGCUCGUAGCUACUGGCCUUCGCAUCGAUCCAUCCCCACCUGUAUUCGGAACCGGCUGUUAGAGUUAACUCAGAAGUUGUGCAUUCAGCUUGAGAGGCUUAUUGUGAUGUACGCCUCUUUCGACAUACUGUCACUGGAUGAAAGUGACCCUUGCGGUUUUUCUCAUUUCUACAUUGGCCAGUGUCUCAUGGGUCCAUUCAAAGUGUCAAUGUUCCGCUACUGUCAGCCUUCUUCAUUCUUGGCUGAUGACGAAGAAGGACUGAAUGGAUUCUAUAAAUGCAUGCGCUGGAAUGUGGAGAGAUAUAAAGAAUACCUGGAAGAGAUGGAUGCGAAUAAGAAGAAAGUGGAAGAUGAAGAGAAAAUGGACCGUAGAGAACCAGACUAUUAUUUUAUGUGCUACAAGGAUGUACCCUGGCUGAAGGCUCAGAAGUGGUGCAAGGAACAAGGAAACCAAGAAAUACCACUGGGUGGCACUGUCAGGUUGUGGUCCCUCGGUCAGUGGGUACAAGCAGACCCUGACCCAACGAAUGAGGACAUCCUGGACUGGGUGCUGUGUAAGAGGCCCAAGGGGCUGUUCAAACUGCUGCGCUGCCUGGGCCCUAAUGAGCCCUCUGUAUCUGAGGCCACAGACUACCUGUUGGGGGUGCUCUUCUUGCAUAUGUGCAUGAAGGAGCACCUCACCCACUGCGAAUUCUACGGGUGAGAUAUGGCCAAGUGCCGCUUGUUAACCGGGUAGUAGUUUAUCACUUAGUUUUGUUCCUGCUGCAUUGCUGUAGUUUAGUUUUGCUGCUGUUCAGAGGAAGGCUUGUAAGUAUUUCUACACCCAAAUUUCUUUAAUUUAAUUCUAACUUUUUAGUUUGAGGCAGUUUUUGCAAAGAUGUUUCCACUUUUAAAUUCUAGAAGUAUACAUUCUGUUUGUGUUAGAUGUUUUUACAAGGAAUUUGGAAUGUUCAUUUCUGGUAUGUAGCAAAUUCUCCCAAUUCAUCUGAAGCUUUCUGUUUGUGUACUGAAGGAGUGGGAGAAGCUUAUUGCCAUAGUGUUUAUAUUGAAGAGUAACAGCAGGACAAGAUAUUAAGUAGAAUUUUAUUUCAAGAUAUGGAUAUUCACUCUGAACAAAACAAUUUAAAAUAACUGCUUAAUAGAAAGCCCAACAAGUCCUUCAUGUAAUCAAACUGAACAGCUGCCUUGUUACAAGCACAAUGCUACAUAAAGUUCCUAACUUGGCUUUUUACCUUAAAUUACUGUAAUAAAUGUCUCAAGGACAGCUGCCAUGUGAGUUCAAGUUCCAACACCAGCAUUUUCACAUUUCUUUUAGUGUGAGAUUCAUGUUCUUGGUUCUGUGGUGUCUCAGUGCAUCCUCCCAAAAGUCAGUAGUGUACUUACUGUAUUUUCUACACUUUCACUGGCCUCCAUCUUGUCUGGUAUGGCAACUCAACAUGCCUUAAUCACAGUGCAAUGAGUUUCUGGAGAGAAACACUUCAGAGCUGUAAAUCCAACCACUCAUCUUGGUGCAAGGUUGCUGGUGGUUCUUGAAGUACAGCGCUUCAGCUGGAGUAUGGUGUAGGACCAGCAUUUUCUUUCUUGUAACAGACAAGCCUGAACAAACUUAGCACAGGUCUUAAAACUGUGCCAUUAGGAAGUACCAUUGAUAAAACAAAUUCAAGAGAGGUGUAUAAGCUCUAACAGAGGUUCAAAGGUCAUAACUAGUGUAGUUUUACAUACUUAAUUUGGCUUUCUACCAUCACAGUUGCUAUGCUCCAAGAAUGUUUAAAACUAUUGAUUUUCAUUUUACAUGUCUUAGCGCAAUGUACCAUACAGAUCUAACAUUCAAAAUAAAAUGUCAACAUUAA